CAUGGCGAAAAAAGCUUGAAGCCUCUCAAACGACCGUUGAUUGCAACUGCGCAUGCAACCCUACACCUUCAGACUUCAUCGUCAUAUUAAAUUUCUUCCUCCGCUCCUGUAAAACCCUAAUCAUGCCCCAAAGCAAAAAGAAGAAACGCGGAGAAUAAAAUUAAGGAGAUUAUAGUAUGAUUUAUAUACGCAAGUAAAGACCGAAUUAACGAUAUUAUUACGAAAGAUAAUGAUGGGGCUAUUCAAGAACAAGCCUCGGUCGCCGGUGGAGCUGGUGCAUCAGGUACGUGACCUUCUCAUCUACGUCGAUCGUAACACGGAGACUCGAGAACGCAGACGAGAAGAAAAGAUGGGUGAACUCAGUGACCUGAUCUUGGAGAUUAGGACAGUUCUUUAUGGCAAUGGUCAAUCAGAGCCCAGUUCCGAGGCUUGUGCGCAGUUAACCCAGGAGUUCUUCAGAGAUGAUACAUUCCGCCUUCUCAUUUUUUGUCUUCCAAAGUUGGACAUGGGGGCCCGUCAAGAUGCCGCUCAUGUGGUUGCUAAUUUGCAGAGACAAAGGGUUAAUUCACGAUCGAUUGCUUCUGAGUACUUGGAAAAUAACUUAGAUCUUAUGGAUAUUUUGCUACCUGGUUAUGAAAAUGCAGACAUUGCUUUAACUUAUGGCACAAUUUCAAGGGAAUGCAUACGCCAUCAGAGCGUUGCCCAGUAUCUUUUGAAUCCAGAGCUUGUGAAGAAGUUUUUCAGUUAUAUACAGAGUCCGAAUUUUGACACAGCAUCGGAUGCCCAAGCUACUUUUAAAGAGCUUUUGACAAGGCAUAAGUCUACUGUGGCAGAGUUCCUUUCCACAAACUAUGACUGGUUCUUCCCAGAAUACAAUUCAGAGUUGCUCCAAUCUUCAAGUUACAUCACCAGACGUCAUGCUGUCCAGCUGUUGGGGAAAAUGUUACUGGAUCGCACAAAUUCUGCUGUGAUGGUUCGAUAUGUGAGCUCAUUAGAUAACAUGAGAAUUCUAAUGAAUCUUUUAAGGGAUUCAAACAAGACUAUACAGUUGGAAGCCUUUCAUGUAUUCAAGCUAUUUGUUGCAAAUCAAAAUAAGCCUCCUGAGAUCAUCAAUGUACUUGUUACUAAUAGAAGCAAGAUUCUCCGCUUCCUUGGUGAUUUCAAAAUUGAUAAAGAGGAUGAACAAUUUGAAGCAGACAAAUCAGUGCUUAUCAAGGAAAUUGCAACUCUGCAGCUAAAAGAUCAUUCAAACACAGAUAUAGAUGAUUGUGCCAAUCCAUGUUGAGCUUCGACUACUCAAUCUUUUUUAUAGAAGCUAAAUUCUGGAUAUCUUUGGCAUGUGUAGGUCCUGCCCUCUCAGCAUAAGCGUACUUUUUAGGGAGCUGUAAAGGAGAGCUAACGUAAUGAUUUCAGUUUAAAUUAACAACAAAAGUAGCCUGCAUUUGUUCAAUUUUUUUACAUGAAAACAAUCAGACAUCAUUUCUUGUCUAAACAUUUUGUUAAUGGAGCAAAUAGUGCUGCUGCUCCCGAUGCUUA